AUGCUUCAGGUUUGGAUGAUUAACAACUAUAGACCAUGGAAACCUACUUGGCCUCCAUCUUCAACUACAACUCCAUCUUCACCUACAACUCCAACAGUGAAUACAACGCAGCCUGGUGGCGGAAAUGUUCGUUUGCCGCUUAAUCUAUAUCCAAUUUUAUAUGAACUUGAACUACAACCUUUUAUAUAUGACACAAAUCCAGCAGACUUCUAUUUCGUUGGAAAAGUUACGAUUGAAAUGGAAUGCAGACAGUCAACAAACGAAAUCGUUCUGCACAGCAAUCAGCUUAAUAUUACGACAAGUUCUAUUAAGAUACAACCAUUAGCACCUAGACAAAAUACAAUUAUUCCAACAAUAGAAUUUGAUACUGUCAAUCAGUUCCUGAUUUUGAAAACAAAUACACAAUUAGUGGGCGGAUCGACUUAUUCUGUUUACAUUGAGUUCCGUGGACUUUUACUUUCUAAACUGGCUGGAUUUUAUCAAAGUUCAUACCAACGUGGAAAUGAUACAAUUUAUAUUGCCACAACACAGAUGCAGGCAACAGAUGCAAGAAAAGCCUUCCCGUGUUUUGAUGAACCAGCUGUAAAAGCGAAAUUCAGUGUGACUCUUAUCAGAAAAAAACACUUGAUUUCCUUGUCGAAUAUGAACCAAAUCCGAUCCAAAGAUUUAGCCAACGACUGGGUGGCAGAUCAUUAUGCAGUUACGCCGUUGAUGUCAACUUACUUAUUAGCUUUCAUUGUUUGUGAUUUCACAUUCAAAGAAGAAACAACUGCUAAUAAUUUAUUAUACAGAGCUUGGGCUCGUCCAGAAGCAAUCGAUCAAACAACAUACGCUUUAGACGUUGGUGUCAGAAUUCUGACGUUCUAUGAAGAAUACUUUGCUACACCAUAUCCGCUUUCUAAACAAGAUAUGAUAGCUGUUCCUGAAUUUGAAGCUGGUGCAAUGGAGAACUGGGGACUGAUAGUGUACAGAGAGUCGGCCAUGUUGUACGAUCCUCUAGAUACAGCAGAGUUUUUUAAACAGUUUGUUACAAUGGCUGUCUCGCAUGAAGUAGCACACAUGUGGUUUGGGAACCUAGUGACACCCUCAUGGUGGGACGAUAUAUGGCUUAAUGAAGGUUUUGCCAACUAUAUAGCAUAUGUUGGAAUGGAUUUCGUACAUAAAGACUGGCUGGCGCUCGACCAUUUUGUGGUCAAAAGUGUUCAUAAGGCUUUGAGCUUUGAUGGACUAGUUUCCUCACAUCCAGUAUAUGUUCCUGUUUCUAAUCCAGAUGAAAUUUUCCAAAUAUUUGAUACUAUUUCCUACGAAAAGGGUGGAUCUAUUAUAAGAAUGAUGCAAUUCUUUUUGGGUGACGAAACAUUCCAAAGAGGUCUACAGCUAUAUAUUACAGAAAGAGUAUACGGUGUAGCAGCACAUGAUGAUCUGUGGGAUGCUUUAGGAAGACAAAGUAUGAUAGAUGGUAAGCCACAAAAGGUUCAUGAUGUUAAAAGAAUAAUGGACACCUGGACGUUGCAAAUGAACUACCCAACAGUUUUCAUGGAAAGAAUAGGAAAUAACAUAAAACUCAGUCAAUCAAGGUAUCUUCAGGAUAAAAAAGCUACUGAUCCUGGAACAUAUAACUCAUCUUUCGGGUAUAAAUGGGAAAUACCUUUCACAUUUACAACCCGAAGUAGUAAAGAUUUUAACCAGAACGAGGCUGAUAUAAUCUGGAUGGGAAAAGACGGAACAGAUGGUUAG